AACUGUUACUCUUUGUCUCCUUUCUUUUCUCCUGCAGGGUCUGGUGACAUGGCCAGAAGGGCCCUAAAGCUUGCUUCGUGGACCAGCAUGGCUCUUGCUGCCUCUGGCUUCUACCUGUACAGUAACAAGUACUUGGACCCUAAUGACUUUGGCGCUGUCAGGGUGGGCAGAGCAGUGGCUACGACAGCUGUCAUCAGUUAUGACUACUUCACCUCCCUGAGGAGUGUUCCCUAUGGCUCAGAGGAGUACCUGCAGCUUCGAUCCAAGGUACACCUUCGCUCUGCCAGGCGUCUCUGUGAGCUCUGCUGUGCCAACCGGGGCACCUUCAUCAAGGUGGGCCAGCACCUGGGGGCCCUGGACUACCUGCUGCCGGAAGAGUACACCAGCACGCUGAAGGUGCUGCACAGCCAGGCCCCACAGAGCAGCAUGCAAGAGGUCCGCCAGGUCAUUCGUGAGGACCUGGGCAAGGAGAUCCACGAUUUGUUUGUGAGCUUUGAUGACACCCCUCUGGGGGCUGCCUCCCUGGCUCAGGUCCACAAGGCAGUGCUACGUGAUGGGCGGACAGUGGCCGUGAAGGUCCAGCACCCAAAGGUGCAAGCUCAGAGCUCGAAGGACAUUCUCUUGAUGGAGAAUGCUGGAACAUCUCUCAAGUGCCUAGCAUCACCCUGGCUCAUCCACUACAGAGCCUUCAUCUGUGAGUUUGUGAAACCUUCUCCAAUGCAGUGGGGACUUGGUGGAUUUCAGGUGCUUGUCCUGGCCGUGAAGCAACUGUUUCCAGAGUUUGAGUUUAUGUGGCUGGUGGAUGAAGCCAAGAAGAAUCUGCCUUUGGAGCUGGAUUUCCUCAGUGAAGGAAGGAAUGCCGAGAAAGUGGCCCAAAUGCUCAAGCAGUUUGACUUCUUAAAGAUCCCCCGAAUCUACUGGGAGCUCUCCACCAAGCGGGUCCUUCUGAUGGAGUUUGUGGACGGCGGGCAGGUCAAUGACAGGGGCUACAUGGAGAGGAACAAGAUCGACGUCAGUGAGGUCUCACGCCACCUGGGCAAGAUAUACAGUGAGAUGAUCUUUGUCAACGGCUUUGUACACUGUGAUCCCCACCCGGGCAAUGUGCUGGUGCGGAAGCACCCGGGCACGGGGAAGGCAGAGGUUAUCUUGUUGGACCAUGGACUCUACCAGGUGCUCACGGAAGAGUUCCGCCUGGAUUACUGCCACCUCUGGCAGUCUCUGAUCUGGAGGGACAUGAAGAAGGUGAAGAAGUACAGCCAGCGCCUGGGAGCCGGCGAGCUCUACCCCUUGUUUGCCUGCAUGCUGACGGCCCGGUCAUGGAACUCCGUCAACAGGGGCAUCAGCCAAGCUCCAGUCACUGCUGCUGAGGAAUCAGAAAUCCGGGACAAUGCGGCCAACUACCUUCCCCAGAUCAGCCAGCUCCUCAGCCACGUGCCACGCCAGAUGCUACUGAUCUUCAAGACCAAUGACCUGCUGCGUGGCAUCGAGGCUGCCCUGGGAACCCGUGCUAGUGCCAGCUCCUUCCUUAACAUGUCUCGCUGCUGCAUCAGGGCGCUGGCCUCGCACAAGAAGAAGAAUACUUGCUCGUUCUUCAGAAGGACCCAGAUCUCUUUCAGUGAAGCCUUCAACUUAUGGCAGAUCAAUCUUCAUGAAUUCAUUCUGAGUGUGAAGGGGUUGAGACUUGCCAACUGGGUCUUGGCCUUGCUUUGCUGGCUGUUUCCUGCAUCACACUGAGUGGACUUGCUCUCCCCUGUCCCUUUCUGGUUUGACCCUAGGGUGGGGAAGAUGUCUUUUCACUCCCCACUUCUUUGCCAUGUCUCCACCCAGUUGCCCCAUUUCUACCACAUGGUGUUCUGAAGCCCCAGGUCACUCUCCAUGACACCAGUAUCCUCCACCUUUGGAAUUCCUCUCCCCAGUCUGCAGUCCUUGUCUCAGGGCCCACAAGCUGUAUCAUGGAAUAGAUUUCUCUCCUUAUCCAGGGAGAAGACACAGCAGUCUAUUUUCCAACUCCUGGUGUGUGCCAUUGGGUUGAAUGUCCCCUCACUUCCGUUAACCCUUUAUAUUGUCAAGGUGGACCAUGUAUCCCACUGAGGGCACAUUUAACUUGUAGGAAGUUUGAUUUUUGUUGCAGGUGAUCAUGUCUCUGACCUCGCUAGAGAACAGGUUCCCUCUCCUUCCCAUAUCACUCCCGAGAGGUGUGAUACUUUUGUAAGUUUCUUUGGCAUUUUCAGGCAGACUCCGUUGCAGCCAUGAGUUCACUGCUGACAUGGUGACUUCUUGGGUGUUUUGUAUCAUGUACUGUGUUUCAAUAA